AUGUACAAGCCCGCAGGUUUCGACUUCUCCAACGAGCUACGGAACAACUUCCUAGUCGAGAAAGGACUUCCGCUACCCAAGGCAACCAGCACAGGAACUACCAUAGUCGGAUGCCUCUUCAAAGACGGAAUCGUCCUCGGUGCCGAUACUCGAGCAACAGAGGGCCCCAUCGUGGCGGAUAAAAAUUGUGAGAAGAUUCACUACAUUACAGAAUCCAUCCGGUGCUGCGGUGCAGGAACGGCCGCCGAUACCGAAUUCACCACCGCCCUCAUCUCAUCAAACAUGGAGAUGCAUGCCUUGCAGACAGGGAGGAAACCGCGCGUCGUGACGGCGAUGACUAUGUUGAAGCAGAUGCUUUUCAGGUAUCAAGGCCAUGUUGGUGCAGCACUCGUCCUCGGUGGUGUUGAUGCAACUGGCGCACAUCUGUUCACAAUCCACCCGCAUGGCUCAACGGACAAACUGCCUUACGUGACGAUGGGGUCAGGAAGUUUGGCCGCCAUGGCCGUCUUUGAGAGUGGUUGGGUUCCCGACAUGGAGCGUGAUAAAGCUCUCGCACUCGUAAAAUCCGCCAUCGCAGCUGGUAUUUUCAACGAUCUUGGUUCAGGAUCCAACAUCGACGCUUGUAUCAUCACCGCCAACAGCACUGAAAUGCUGCGAAACGUCGAGAUGCCAAACCAACGUGUGCAGAAGGAGCGCAAUUACAAGUUCAGAAGAGGAACAACGGCCUGGAAGAAGGAGGAUAUCCGAAGCCUCGUCGUUGACGAGCAGGUCACGCAAAUUGGCGGAGAUGAGAUGGAUACCUCAUAG